GAGACCUCGAACGAAUUUGAAAGUUUGGCGCGCGACGCACUACACUUUCCUCACAGCUGAGCAGGCGGUGGGUUUCGUGAAGAGACCCCAGCAUGGAGAUUGAAAACACCUUCAAGACACCUUGUAAGAAGGAAAGAGCGCAGUGCGGAUCUGCAGGGUCCUGUGGAAUGCCAGUGACCAUUCCCGCUUCUCCGUUCAUGCAGAAACUGGGCUGUGGAACAGGAGUGAAUGUGUAUCUCAUGAACCGUCCUGGGAUACAGACCUAUUCACCUUGGGCCAUAAAGAAAAUCAGCAGCAAAUGCACAGCGACACAGAAGACUGUUUACCAACAACGACUUUGUGAUGAAGCGAAGGUACUAAAAGGACUGCAGCAUCCAAAUAUUGUUGGAUUUCGAGCAUUCACCAAGGCCAAAGAUGGCUCAGAAUGCCUAGCCAUGGAGUAUGGUGGCGAGCAGUCUCUCAACGACCUGAUAGAGCACAGGAGGGAGGACGGCCUUUGGGCUUUCCCAGCGGCCACCAUCGAGAAGGUGGCCUUGCAUGUGGCCCGGGGUCUCCAGUAUCUUCACAAUGAGAAAAAGCUUCUCCACGGUGACAUUAAGUCCUGUAAUGUGGUCAUCAAAGGGGACUUCGAAACAAUUAAAAUCUGUGACGUGGGAGUCUCUCUCCAGCUGGAUGAGAAUCUGAAAGUGUGCAAUCCAAAAGCAGAGUACAUUGGAACAGAACCCUGGAAGCCCAAAGAAGCGCUGGAGGGAGGGGUCAUUACUGGCAAGGCUGACAUCUUUGCUUAUGGCCUGACGCUCUGGGAGAUGAUGACGCUGUCUGUACCCCAUAUGGAGAUGCUGGACCUCGAAGAUGAAGAUUCUUCCUUCAGUGAGGAGGACUUUGACUUUGACGCCUACUAUGAAAGACUCGGGACCCAGCCAGCCCUUGACCAGAAGAACCUGGGAGGUGAAUACCAGAGGAUGGUGGAGCUCUUCUGCAUUUGCACCAAUGAAGACCCAGCUAAGCGACCUUCAGCUGCACAGAUUGUGCAGGUGCUUGAAUCGAAUAUGAAUGCAGUUGAAAAUACCUGUGUAGUGUCAGCUGACAAUUGUUAUCCUAAACUGUUAAUCUAGAACAUGGUUUCUUUAUAGUCAGACAGAUGCACUCUUUCUGUAUUUCUUGUUUGUGGAUUUGUGUUAAUAUUUCAGUGGGGCUUAUCUUUAACCCUUAAAUUCUACUGUAACUUUUAGCCAGAGUUAAAUGUAGGUUUUGAUAUCUUAACGCUCAUGGAAUAAAUGAGACA